AUGUACGACCCAGGGCUUGCAGCAUGGGCACGAGAAUAUGUGACACAGGAGUACAUAGGAUUCUUGGCGUUCACAGAUGAGGCAAGUGGAGUUGAUAUGGGUGAGACUUACAUUGUCUGGCAUACAAACCUUUUGAGCUACCAACCCUUUGCAGUGUCGAGAUUUCACCAACACAACCCUGGUGUACAUGACGAUUAUCAAUGGAGAGCAAGCAUCGGCCCUCCUGAACGAGCCAGUAUCGCCGCUUGCUUCGCUCUGUGGUCAUCUCGCGAAGUUUUCAGCCUAAUUCUGACCGCUGUUCUACAAGGCAUGAUGACAUUGCGCGCAUACGCAUUGCUGGGAAGAUCCAAACCAUUCCUAUAUGUCAUGUCUGCACUCUUUGUUGUGGUUCAAGGCACCAGCAUUACGUCAAACCUCUUCAUGUUCGGAGCUGUGUUCAAAUCUACCAGUCGCACCAAUAUUUCUGGUUUCAACGUUUGUGAUACUGGGGCACCAUCCUCCCUUUCGUGGAUCACGCCAACGAGCAAUACACUGUGGAUGACGUAUGAGACCAUUCUUUGUGGAGCUGUUUUACGCUAUGCCUUUAAAGAAAUCCCACCGGCUGCGUGGAAAAAUCCAUUUCGUGUUACCUUCUCGCUACUUGUUGCCGUCCUCAACGCCACAAGCAUCACUUCCAAUAUUCCCUUAUUUAACGAUGGAUCUGACUUCUUGGUCUCAUGGCAAGUGGCCAUGAUUGGCCCGUGGGUCAUGAUCAAUCUUCGGAAGAGCUAUGAGAAACUCAGCAGCUCCGACUCGGAAGUAUCUAGUCCAUGGGAGCUAACUUCAGUGUCCCCUUCCAGGUUAUUGACCGAAUCCUCAACAGCGUAA